GGGCCGGUGUGGGCACCUUUUGUGAAUGGUGGUAGGGCGUGUAUAUAAGCAGGGCCUGGCAGCAGGGAGGAUUGUAGCUGGUUCAGCAGCAGCACUGGUUGGGUCUUUCUCUCUCCGAGCCGCAGACACUCACCCAAGAAGCCAACAUGUGUGACGACGAUGAGACUACCGCCCUCGUGUGCGACAACGGCUCCGGACUGGUCAAGGCUGGCUUCGCCGGAGACGAUGCCCCCAGGGCCGUGUUCCCCUCUAUCGUUGGCCGCCCCCGUCACCAGGGUGUCAUGGUCGGUAUGGGUCAGAAGGACUCCUACGUCGGCGACGAGGCCCAGAGCAAGAGAGGUAUCCUCACCCUGAAGUACCCCAUCGAGCACGGCAUCAUCACCAACUGGGACGACAUGGAGAAGAUCUGGCACCACACCUUCUACAACGAGCUGAGAGUGGCCCCCGAGGAGCACCCCACCCUGCUCACUGAGGCCCCUCUCAACCCCAAGGCCAACAGGGAAAAGAUGACCCAGAUCAUGUUUGAGACCUUCAACGUCCCCGCCAUGUAUGUGGCCAUCCAGGCUGUGCUGUCCCUCUACGCUUCCGGCCGUACCACGGGUAUUGUGCUGGAUGCUGGUGAUGGUGUCACCCACAAUGUCCCAGUCUAUGAGGGUUACGCUCUCCCCCACGCCAUCAUGCGUCUGGACCUGGCUGGUCGUGACCUGACCGACUACCUGAUGAAGAUCCUGACUGAGCGUGGCUACUCUUUCGUCACCACCGCCGAGCGUGAGAUCGUGCGUGACAUCAAGGAGAAACUGUGCUACGUGGCUCUGGACUUCGAGAACGAGAUGGCCACCGCCGCCUCCUCCUCCUCCCUGGAGAAGAGCUACGAGCUGCCCGACGGUCAGGUCAUCACCAUCGGUAACGAAAGGUUCCGUUGCCCCGAGACCCUCUUCCAGCCAUCCUUCAUUGGCAUGGAGUCUGCUGGUAUCCAUGAGACCGCCUACAACAGCAUCAUGAAGUGUGACAUUGACAUCCGUAAGGACCUGUACGCCAACAAUGUGCUGUCCGGUGGUACCACCAUGUACCCCGGUAUUGCUGACCGUAUGCAGAAGGAAAUCACUGCCCUGGCCCCCAGCACCAUGAAGAUCAAGAUCAUUGCCCCCCCUGAGAGGAAGUACUCCGUCUGGAUCGGUGGAUCCAUCUUGGCUUCCCUGUCCACCUUCCAGCAGAUGUGGAUCUCCAAGCAGGAGUACGACGAAGCGGGCCCCAGCAUUGUCCACAGGAAGUGCUUCUAAGUCCUCACCGUUCUGCCCCAGCUUCUCCGCCACGACCAGCUAUGCGGCGACCAAGCGAGGGCAAGAAGAAAGAAGAAGAGGCUCGACCUCUGCGGCACUGCAACACUUCGCUGUCAACGGACUGCCUGUCUGUGCUGUUCUUAACCAUGCAUUGUGUCACCAAUUGUGCAUAAUCUGUACUGUAUGCUGUCUGUUGCCAAGUGUUGUACGGAGAAAAGCUGUGAAAAAACACCUCUGAACCAUGCAUCCAACCAAAAAAAAACUUUAAUAAAAAAAUAACAACAACAACAACAUGUUGCCCAACACAUGUGAAUGUAAGUGUAUAUACCUAUUAAU